CAGUCAGCCUCCAAGCCUCACCGGGUGCAGACGUAGGGACAGCGAAUAAACAGCCGGGCACGUGUAUAUUACUUGGAACCUCUUUAACUUGUUGUUUGCCAGUCAGAAAUUACUCGAUAAUCCUGGCUCAAAUUAUUGUCGCGUGCGGUCGGGUAUAUUCGAGUCUGUCGAGGUGCGCGCGCGUUCGGGGCUGAAGCACCCUCUUACACUGUCAGAUUUUUUGUAAUAUUUGUACUCGAGGGAGACAGAGAUUGUGGCUAAUCAAGUGUACGGUAGUAUUUAUACACGGAGAAAGGUUUUGUUUGUUGAUUGACUUUAUCAAGAGUUUAUACGACUCAGUGUACUUAGAAUCCUCGUUACUCUUUAUAAUUUCAUUGACCGGUUUUAUAGAGCAAUGCUUACCUCCUGUAGAAUCGUGACUCGCAAACUAAAACUUAAGCCAAGUUGCUUGAGAGCUCUACGUUUUGACAAGUACAGCACCAAGGUGCUAAAAAGCCAUUAUGGUGAAGUCGAAGUGCCAGAUCAGACGCUUAGCCAAUACGUUUUCUCCAAAUCGGAAAACUGGAAAAACCGCCCGUCUCUGGUAAAGUGUCCUUUUUUACUGAAAUUUUAUUUGAACGCUUCUUUUCUUUCGAGAAUUAAAAUGUCAUCUUUCUGAAAUUACUUUUUAUGCGAAUACCAACCGUUUUUUCAUUAAAGUUGUUUCUACUUCUUUAUUUUUAUCAAUGAAUUUUCUAAUACAAGCUGAAAUUUUUUUUCUUGUGACAAUGAUCACCGCGUAAAUGUAUACAAGUAAUUACGUCACUGUUUACUGUAUCUUCUUUAAUCUUCUCCUAAUUCUAUUUACUAUUGAUUUUGUAUUAUGCACAAUUCUUCGGCGCGAACGCUCAGCUGUGAGCAAAAAUCAAUAGUUUCCUAUAUGAGACAAACAGCUGUACUCUGCUUUAACGUUUAAUACGUUUGCGCUUCUAAAUCCAAACAAUAAGAGGCCUCGAUUGGCUUGCGUGUCGCGUCUCAUCGUAUAUCUCGGCUCGCCUCGAGAGAAAGAGCACAUCGAAGUGAUGCAGACAAUUAUUAAGUGUAAUUCGCCACUGCUUACGCAAGCAGAUACGUAAAAAGGCGGAUCGGCAAAGAUGAAUGAGACGAGUAGCGCCAGACGAUAAAAUAACAUGCGGCACCACGGGAAGAUCCUACACGUUCGGUAUGAGCAAGGACUUCUGCAGACGCGGUGCCGAGGCUUUACUGUCAAACACGGGCCUGCGGCCUGGAGACCGGGUCGGUCUAUUGCUGCCCAAUGUGCCGGAGUACUCGUUGGCGGUUCACGCGAGUCUGCAGGCCGGCCUCGUCGUCACCUUUGCCAAUCCGUUGUACACGGCUCACGAGCUCACGAGACAGUUCCAAAGCGCCAAGGUCAGAUGCAUAGUCACCAUACCGCAGCUGAUGGAGACGGCCCAGGCGGUCGCCAACAAUCUGGAGAACUACGACUGCACAAUCAAUAUCGGAGGAAAGGCUGUGCCGGAUAAGAAAAUUUUGGGCCUGGAGUCUCUGCUGAUCCCUUCACAGUCCAUCCAGCUGCCCGAAGUCAAGCCCGACGACUUAGCGGUGCUACCCUACAGUUCCGGUACCACCGGAGUACCCAAAGGCGUGAUGCUGACGCACCGCAACCUGGUGAUGAAUAUCUCUCAACUCAUGCACCCGGGAAUCGUCAAAGUGAACGAAACUACGGACGACUUCCAGGAAACGGUCCUCACCGUUCUGCCUUUCUUCCACAUCUACGGCUUCAAUAUGAUCCUCAAUUACACGACCUUAGUCGGUACCCACAUUGUCACCAUGCCCAAGUUCACACCGCAAGAUUACGUCGAGUGUUUGAUCAAGUACAAGCCGUCGGUACUGUUCGUCGUGCCGUCGCUGCUGUUAUUCCUGGUGACGCAUCCGGAGAUCACGGCACAGCAUCUGUCGAGUGUAACGCAAAUCUUCUGCGGGGCUGCGCCGAUGAAGAAAGGACUUAUCGAUACGUUCCUGCAAAAAAUUAAUCGCCAAGACUGCCACAUAUCGCAAGGUUACGGAAUGACCGAGACAAGUCCCGGAAUAACGUUGACUCCUUACACAAUGCCGUACGAGAAGAGCGGCAGCUGUGGCCGACUCCUACCGUCUACGACUGCACGAGUUGUGGACCCAGCUACGAACGAAGACGUGUCAGGGCCCAACCAACCCGGUGAGCUUCUGGUCAAAGGUCCCCAGGUGAUGAAGGGCUACCUCGACAACCAGAAGGCCACCGACGAGGUCAUUGACUCUGACGGCUGGCUUCAUACUGGUGAUGUCGUCUACUACGACGAGGACGAGUACUUCUACAUCGUCGACCGCACGAAGGAGCUGAUUAAAGUCAAGGGUAACCAAGUCUCGCCAACGGAGCUGGAGUACAUAAUCCUGGAGAUACCCGGAGUAGCAGAUGCAGCGGUGGUCGGUAUCCCUGACACCUUUGCAGGAGAGCUGCCCAAGGCCUUCGUUGUGAGGAAGCCAGGUUUCGAAAAUGUCACCCCCGACCACGUCCAGGAAUUCGUCAACCCCAGGGUGGCGGCGUACAAGAAGCUGGCUGGAGGCGUCACGUUCGUCGACGCGAUCCCAAGGAAUCCGUCCGGCAAGAUUAUGCGCAACGAACUGAAGAAGAUAGCGAGCUCGUCAUAAGAUCGAUCUGACGAAGGAUCAUCGGUUCAUCGCUAUCAUACUACUCAUCAUUAAAUCAGCGGAUCUCACGCGUUUAUUUUUAACAUUGUUAUUAUCAAUUUUUACGUUUUAUUUUACCAUCAUUGCUAUCAUCAUUAAUAAUUCUCAUCGGUGAAGAGCUAGGCGAGUAAAGCAUCGGUCACGAGUUUCGAGGAGCGAAAAUGUAUUUUUAUAAUGAUGUCUCAUUGCGAAUAAACAUUAUAUUGGAUACGUUAAUGUA